AUGUCCAAACCCUGGGCCGGCGGGCCAUGGGAGUUGAUCGAGACUCCGUCCAAGACCAUGGAUGUGAACUCGCAUCCGGCCGUCUACAUCGCAAACGAGAUGGCCUUUGCCCACAACUCCAUGCUCCGCGGCCUGAACAGCAUCUACCUGCAGGCGCCGUACGUGCAUGAACCCCGCGACGUGGCGGAUCUGCUCUUCUUUGUCAAGGCCUUGGCAGGCUGGGUCUCGCAUCACCACGUCCUCGAGGAGGAGAAAAUGUUCCCGGGCUUCGAGAAGCACCAUGCUUUCCAGCCUGCGCUGAAGAGGCUGUUCGCUUAUGGUGCUGAGACAAAGCCUGCGGAUUACAAUGCGGCGACGCUGCACGGCAUCAUCGAGGAAAUGGCUCCUGGGCUGCGCCAGCAUUUGAGCGAUGAGAUACAGAGCUUGCUCUCCAUGCGGCCUUAUGACGGGGAAGCUCUGCUGAAGGUGUACAAGGACUGCGAGGCAGAAGCAGGGAAACAGGACAAGAAUGUGAUACCACCCAUGGUUCUCGGCCUGCGAGACGUGACCUUCCAAGGCGGCAACCAGUGGCCAGCCAUGCCGCCGCUGUCCGAGUGGAUUGUACACUAUGUGUUCGCGCGCAAGCAUUCUGGUUCCUGGCGAUUUCUGCCUUGCGAUACAUGGGGGAGGCCACGGCCGUUGGCUCUUGCAGAAGACCAGUCGUCAGGUAGCGUCGCCGUUUUUGCUAGCUAG